UGCACUGGACCAAUCAGAAUGUCUCUUGUAGACUGCGUCCACCAUCACACAGGCGCAGUAACAUUCUGGACAUUGUUUCCCUCCAUGCGGUUUUAGUUAUUUUUAUUUCGCACUUUUUAGUUUUUCAUAUGAUGGUUUAAGUUGUAGGCUAUCUAUAAAGACUCUUGCUUGCAGCACUUUGUGCUUUGCCGACAAAUAAACUAGCGGAAUAGUGUUUUGCUAUAAUACUGCAGCUGCGCGCUUUUUGCUUUGUGACUGUCUUCAGGAUUCAAACAUACUACAGCAGCAAGUUGGGGAACUGGACAGUAUUAAAGCCAUGAGUAGCAAAAAAGAUAAUGAUAACCUCCUCAAAAUGACAAAGGAUGACCUGCAGCGCUGGAUCCAGGCAGAGGUGAACCGAAAUCCUCAUCUGAUGCAGAGGCGUGAGCAACUGGCACAAGUUGAGGAGUGGGUGAUGCAGAAGGAGAAGGAUUCCACUUACACCUGUCUUCUGUACAGCAAUGCUCAUGAGUCAGUCCUUGAGUGUGAGUCGGUGAUGAAGGGUCUUUAUGGAAUGCUGGGAUUGGAGUACCGAGACGAGGAUUCGGAGGAGGAAGGAGGAGGAGAACCACUUGACUUCGUUCAUAUAACAAAUGAAGAGAAGGAUAUAGAGGAAAAUAGUCUCUUUAAUGGAGAUGAUGUUGUUGUCAUUGAUCUGGGAGCCGCCAAAGAAACCUUGGAACCAAUGCUUGAAAAGGUGACGGUGGCCAUUCAGAGGUCAUCCAGACUCGUUCAGGACUUAGUCCAUAUGGUGAACAAAACUUCCUCCACAAGUGCUGUAUCACCAUCAUCAUCAUCAUCAUCUGACUUCACCAAAAGACCCUCAUCAACCUCGACCCCUGAGACCAGCUAUUCUGAAUUUGUCACAUCAAAACUGGAAAUACCUGAAAACUCUAUUGCAAUAGUGAAGACCGAGUCUCUAUCAAGAGCACCUGAAAUGUCCUCGCUUCUCAGCAAUUCAGAACAAAACAAAUCUAUUGCCCAUCAAAAGCCAGAUCCUAAACCAACAAUUAAGACUGAACCACAACUGGAAAUGAGCAUUUCAAACCAACAUGAAACUGCUGCUAGUCUUAACUGUUCAUCCUUAAAAUUAAUUAAGACUGAACCUCAAUUGAUAGAAGUGAGUCCUUCAGAAACUCCACAAACAAUUGCCAGUCCUAAUUUUGGAUCCAUAGCAACAACAAAGAGUGAGUCUCAGUUGUUGGUAAUAAAGCCAGAAAGGAUUUCACCUCCAAGCAUUUCAGUACCUUUCAAAAUUCCAUCAAUUAAGACUGAACCCCAGCCGACAGCAUUAACUCCUGAAACGUCUUUGCUUGAAAGUGAUUUUGAACAGUCAAACAGCCUUAAUUCAGAUCACAAAGCAACACGUAACACUGAAUUUACGUUGCUGGCAGUGACUUCAGAAAUCCCUUCAUUUUCAGGCGACUCAGAACAAAUGGAAACUGCUGCCAGUGACAAUACAGCAACCAUAGAGACAAACCAAACUGAGCUUGUGUCAUUGUUGCCGAGCAAUUCUGAAGAAGCUGUAACUCUUGCCAGCCAUGAUUUGGAAUCCACAGAUGAGAACCAAAAGCCAAAAACAUGGAGCAAAUCUGCCAAACCCUCUGUGCCCACUUCAAGUCCAACAACUAGAUUGAGAUCUUCAAAAAACUAUGCACCUGGUACCAGCACUUCCUACCCACAAAAGGAUACAACAAGGGCGUCAUCGCCUGCAGAUAGUAUUAAUGAACCCUCUGACACAGAGGACCUGUCUGCUAGUCCUGCUGACAGUGAUUAUGAACCCCCUGAAUCACAAUCAGAGUCAUCAUCAGACAGUGAUUAUGAACCCCCUAAAUCAAAGUCAGAGUCAUUGAUAGACAGAGAUUAUGGACCACCUAAAUCAAAGCCAGAAUCAUUGACAGACAGAGAUUAUGGACCACCUAAAUCAAAGCCAGAGUUAUCGACAGACACGACUAAUGAUUCAAGCAGCAAUAAUGCUCCUGCAGAAUCUUCCAGUCCUGAUGAAAGUUCCAAGUCUUCAUCCAGUGAGUCCUCCAAGCCUUCUCAAGAACAUAAAGAGAUCAAACUCAAAGUCGGCAUGGGAGUUUUAGGGAAAAGGCAACACAACUUGUGGUGUAAAGGAACCGUACAAGAAGUCCAAACAGCAGAGGAUGGCCUCAGAUAUAAGGUGGAGUUUAAGAGUGGUAAAGAGAUUGUGCUGCCUGCUCAUCAUGUGGCCUCUCUGAUGCCUGCCAUGCUAAAGGAUUUGUUUAUUGGCUGUCGUGUUGUGGCCAGCAGCAAAGAUGAUGAAGGAAAGGUCUCGUUUAAUGCUGCUGUGCUGGUUGAGCUUCCGGAGCGCAAGAAUCGCAUGAGGUUCUUAGUGUUUUAUGAUGAUGGCCAAGCAGCUUACCUGUCACUUCCGGACCUUCGUCUAGUAUGCAAACAAUUGAAAAAGGUGUGGAAGGACAUUGAAGAUGAGACAGUUCAGUUGCAGGUUAAGGAAUAUCUUUGCAUCUAUCCCAACCCCAUUGCUGUUGUGCUUCGCGUGGGGCAAGACACCAAGGCGAUGCAGAAUGGCCAGUUUGAGACUUGCACGGUACUCCAGUUGGAUGGCAGCCUGAUCCAGAUCUGCUUUAAGAAAGACAAGCAGAAAGAGUGGAUUUAUAAAGGCUCAGACAAGUUGGAACACAUUGUAAAUAUCAAGGAACGUCUGGCUAAAGAUAAACCUAAAUUGCAACAACCGUCUCAACAGAAAACGCAACAACCACAGCAACAAAAAGUGCAACAUUCCUUUCAGCAGAAACCAAAUCUGCCGUCCCAAAAGGAAAAGCAACAACCACAGCAACAAAAAGUGCAACAGUUCUUUCAAAAGAAACCACAUCAGCCGUCUCAACAGAAAAUACAACAACCACAGCAACAGAAAGUGCAACAGCCUGCAGCUACAACAGGAAAUGCCACACCUCGGCACAACACUACCUCCACCUUGACAACGGUUGCCUCAGCGACUGUUACUUCAACAUCUGUCACCUCAGCAGCUGUAUUUCCUGUGCUGGCGACCCGACAAUCUGAUACAGUCACCAAAACAUCCUCUAUUAGGCCUCAAAAGAUGAUGUCAGCUGCUUUCCAGCCAAAGGUCAUCCUCCAGAGGAUGGCUAUGCACACAGUAAAAUCUGCUAUAGCAAAUAGUACCUCAAAUUUAAGAAGUUCAAAACGACCUGCCACUGAGGAGGAAGAAGAGUGUGUUUCUGAUGAAGAAGACAAUGCAGUUUCACAGCAACACUUGCAUCAUCGCUGUUGUCCAGCGUGUCUGGAUGGGGUGAGACCGUCUCAAGUUGACAUGCACCGUGGUCAAAAUCCACUUCUUAUCCCACUGCUUUUUAAGUUUAGGCGAAUGACUGCUAGAAGGCGCAUCGAUGGAAAGGUGUUUUUCCACAUCUUCUACCGUUCUCCAUGUGGGCGAAGCCUGUGCGACAUGCAGGAAGUGCAGGUGUACUUGUUUGAAACAUGCGGUGACUUCCUUUUUCUGGAAAUGUUCUGUAUGGACCCAUUUGUUCUUGUAAAUCGUGCCCGACCUCCUUCCACAUCAAACAGCAAGCCUCACCUCUACCUGCCGGACAUCUCAGAUGGCAGAGAGGUGUUACCUGUGCCCUGCGUUAAUGAAGUGGACAACACGCUUGCUCCUAACAUCAGUUACACCAAAGACAGAGUUCCAGCUCCAGGUGUUUCUAUUAAUACCAGCUCAGACUUCUUGAUUGGCUGUGACUGCACAGAUGGUUGCCUGGACAGGUCAAAGUGUGCAUGCCACCAGCUGACCAUUGAAGCCACGUCCUUGCACAGUGGUGGUCCAGUGGACGUUAGUGCUGGAUACACGCAUAAGAGGUUACCAGCCACCUUGCCAACAGGGGUUUAUGAGUGUAACCCUCUGUGCCGCUGUGAUCCGAGAACGUGCAGCAACAGGCUGGUUCAGCACGGUCUGCAGCUGCGGUUGGAGCUCUUCAUGACGCAGCACAAGGGAUGGGGCAUCCGCUGCAAAGAUGAUGUAGCCAAGGGCACAUUCGUGUGCGUUUUCACUGGUAAAAUAGUAAACGAAGACCGAAUGAAUGAGGAUGACACAGUGUCCGGCAAUGACUAUUUGGCCAACCUUGACUUCAUUGAGGGUGUGGAGAAACUGAAAGAGGGUUAUGAGAGCGAGGCGUACUGCUCGGACACAGAGGUCGAAAGCAACAAGAAGACCAUCACCAUGAAAACAGGGCCAUUGUGGAAAAACACUCUCUACCAAGAAGACUCUAGCAGUUGUGAAGAAGCAAUGGAGCUGGACACAGAACAAGAAGAAAUGGAAGUGAGUCACACAUCCUCGCGCGAGAAAAAGCUAUCCCAUAAGCCACACAAAGCCUCUAAAGAUGCUCAGGAGAAAGUGACCAAACAAAUGAGAGAGGACGGUCAAGAAACCUCAGGUUCAAAGCGUUGCUUCGCCAGAAAGUCAGUCCAGGGAAGAGUAAAACCACUAGUAACCACGGAGAAAACGAGGACAGCUCUAACUGGCAACAACACCCGCAGACUGUUGAACGGCGAAGAGACCUGUUACGUCAUCGAUGCGAGACAAGAGGGCAACCUCGGCCGCUUCAUCAACCAUAGCUGCAGUCCGAAUUUGUUUGUUCAGAACAUCUUUGUCGACACACAUGACCUACGGUUUCCAUGGGUGGCGUUCUUUACCAGCAAGCGCGUCAGGGCGGGGACAGAGUUGACGUGGAAUUAUAACUAUGAGGUUGGCAGUGUGGAGGGGAAGGUUCUGCUCUGCUGCUGUGGCUCUCUGCGGUGCACAGGAAGGCUGCUCUGAUAAACUGCU